ACGCUGACAGUCCGCGUCGGAAGGAGCCGUUGUGUUUGUGUGUUGCCCGUCGGUUGGCUGGCAGGAAGAAAAUUUGGCCGGGUUCGUUGCCAAAGUUCGGUUGAAGUCACCACGCGGGCGUGUGUUGUUCAAAACCAAAGGGUGCAAGUGAUUUAGAUCGGUUAGUGUAGUUUACAGUGAUUGUGAAGGGUUCUAUCUCUUAACCAUCUCUUAAUAGGACGUGGUAGUGUUCUUGUGACACGUUUGAUCUUCUGUGAGCGUUACGAGCUGUUAUGCGGGCAACCACCACCCGACGGGGUUCGUGAGCCAAUCCAUGUUUAGCGACGGCAUUGCGACGAUGUGAGAGUUUUGGCCGGCAGCAGCAUCAUGGUUGCGCGCAACUUCUCGCUCCAGGAUCUACCGUACAAUCGUGUCCUGCAAGUGCCGGACGAGGAACGCGAGUUCCUGGCACUGGACGAGCUGAAACCACACCAGCUGACUGAGCUGGGCGUAACGGUCACGAACUCUUCGUCCGCUCAACAGCAACCACAGCACAGACCACCGGCGGACCAGGUUGACCAGGUGCCAAAUCCGGUCAUCACCACCGGUGGACUGCUGCAGAACUAUCACCAUCAUAACGUUUUCUAUGAGCUUGGAGCAGCAACACAUUCGCCGUCCAAUGCCAGUGCGGUGCCGACCGAGCACAUGACCGGUGGCCCGGAUGCGUCCCUCCUGGUGGAUCCGUCGCUGGCCGGCACAAUGUCUGCGGUGAGCAACCUGAGCACGCUUUCGGCAGCUGGAAGCGGCAACCAUCAUCUGCAUCUUUCCGACCACGGCCACUCGCACCAUGAUCACCAGCACGCUUCCGGUGGCGCACGGAAGCGAAAGUUUUCCUUCAAUGACACAAGCGAUAUUGAAGAUGACACCUGUGAUGACUCCAAAUCCGUCAGGACGACCGAUGAGAGCAAAAAGCAAAACCACAGCGAGAUCGAGAAGCGGCGGCGGGACAAGAUGAACACCUACAUUACGGAGCUGUCCGCGAUGAUACCGAUGUGCCAUGCGAUGUCCCGCAAGCUGGAUAAGCUCACGGUCCUGCGGAUGGCCGUGCAGCAUCUGAAAACGAUCCGGGGCGCCGUACAUUCGUACACGGAGGGUCACUACAAGCCGGCCUUUCUGUCCGACCAGGAGCUGAAGAUGUUGAUACUGCAGGCGGCCGAAGGGUUUCUGUUUGUGGUCGGCUGUGACCGGGGCCGGAUACUUUACGUGUCGGAGUCGGUUUCGCACAUACUGAACUAUUCCCAGGGUGAUCUGUUAGGACAAAGCUGGUUCGACAUACUGCAUCCUAAAGAUGUGGCCAAAGUGAAAGAGCAGCUAUCAUCAUCCGAUCUGAGUCCCCGGGAACGUUUAAUCGAUGCCAAAACGAUGCUUCCGGUCAAGACGGACGUGCCGCAAGGCGUAACACGGCUCUGUCCCGGCGCCCGCCGUUCGUUCUUUUGCCGCAUGAAGUGUAAAGCGAACGUGCAGGUAAAGGAGGAAGCGGACCAACCGAACAGUGUGUCCAGCGUGAACAAUGUGUGCCAUCGGCGCAAAAAGCAAGUAAAUUCCGAUAAGAAGUAUUCCGUGAUACAGUGCACCGGGUACCUGAAAUCGUGGGCCCCGGCCAAGAUUGGGCUGGAGGAGAACGAGACGGACGGCGAGGGCGAUUCGUGCAAUCUGUCCUGUCUGGUGGCGGUCGGCCGGGUACAACCGAACCUCAACCAAAGCUGCAGUCUGACCGCGAACGGUCUGCACACACCGAGCGGUGCCAACGGACGGUCACGCAACGGGCAGAAUUCAAAUGCUGGCACGGGAGCAUGUACGACCGGUGGUAACACGGGAUCAUCCAGCAACGGAAAUCCAGCAGCGACACCAAGCAACGGGAGCGGGAAGUCCCUGAACCGCAACAACAUUCCAAACCUGCGCAAUGUCCAGUUCAUCUCACGACACGCAAUGGACGGCAAGUUCCUGUUCGUUGAUCAACGGGCAACGCUCGUGCUUGGCUUUUUGCCCCAGGAACUGCUCGGUACGAGUAUGUACGAGUACUACCAUCACGAGGACAUUCCGGCGCUGGCAGAAUCGCAUAAGGCCGCUCUGCAAGCGACACAGUGCGUCACCACAUCCGUGUAUCGGUUGCGCACGAAGGAGACCGGGUUUGUGAGGCUUCAGAGUGAGUGGAAAUCGUUCCGAAAUCCGUGGACGAAGGAGAUCGAGUAUCUGAUCGCGAAGAACAACGUGAUCCUGUCGGAGUUGGGCGAUGCUGGGGCGGCACGUGCCGGUGGGUAUGGCAUGGGAGAGCUCGGUGAUGGGACGGGUGAGACGGGGUCGGGAGCUUCCGGACAACCCGGCGUAGGGUACGAGUUCUUCAAUCACAGUAAGUUUGCGAAUGGACGUGAGAUACAGCGCAUGAUCAACUCGCACGUCGAGGCGGGCAAAAUCGGGCGCCAGAUAGCGGAACAGGUGUUGGACCAUCAGCGCCGGGUGGGAGAUUCUUCCUCGGAAAGCAGCCCCAAUCCGAACGAACCGACGAUGCAGCCCACCUUCAGCUCGGCCCUGUCCGAGACGAACCAUUCGAACGAUGCGCUCACGUCCGGCGAGCACAGCAUGGUCACCUCCACCGGUGUAUCGCCUUCCUCGAUUGCCGUCGUACCACCUGCCGUAACGACACGCAUCAAUGGAACGCUGCCCGGCUACAGCCAUGUGCAGACGAACGCCAUCAUCAGUCCGGAGCAUGACGUCUCACAAACGCAAGCCAGCAGCACGGACGGCAACGAUGAGGCAGCGAUGGCGGUGAUCAUGAGUCUGCUGGAGGCGGAUGCCGGGCUCGGUGGUCCGGUAGAUUUUUCCGGCCUUCCCUGGCCACUGCCGUGAGUGUGUUAGGGCGAUGUACAUUCUAUCAUCAAGGCUAUGAUCGUGAUCAACCCGAAAACGUACCGCGUAGCGUACGUUGGUGGAAACCGAAAGUUACCAAAAUUAGGGGCGACCAAAGCGGGCGCCUUCAAAAAAACUGUACAAAACUGUUACUGCAACUGCAUUUACAUGCAUCGAAGAGAGAGAGGGAGAGGAAGAGGGAGAUAUAGGUGGAACAAUCGAGCUCCUACAUGGAACUAUGCCGUAUAAAUCUAAAUAAGCUAAUGAAGAUGCUGACAGUGUAAAGUGUAGCGUAGUAGACUUAAGCCGGAAACUGAUUCCUAAAGUGCACUGUGAUGGGCGUUACAAUGAGGUGUAUAUGAACGUAUGGUAUAGCGAAAAGGAGCAACAACGGACGUAUGUACAAAGACGACCACAA